UGUUCUGUUCGUAAAGCUCCCAGGCACACUCGUACACAAAAAAAACAAAUUAAUUGUGUGCCCAUUUGGAACACAAACUAUCCAUUUGGGUGUUUAAUCGAUAAUGCUUCCAUAGACAGUGUUUGUGUUUGGGUAAAUUUUAUAUGGUUUGGUGCUUGCACAACGAUUCGGCGUGAUAUAUUAUUUUAAGCAUUGAAUAUAUUUGGUUCAUCGAAUCUGGCAUCAAGUGAAUUCCACUACUUUCUUGUUUUUCAUAUUCAACAUACAAGAACCGGCAACUCUAUACAACACUCUAUUGUCUACUAAUCGUGAAUAGAUCCAUGAUGGGAUUAGCUGCUGCUGUAUUAUAAACACCGGCAUCUUUCUCCGUCUACACAUAUAUCUAUAGUUCACAAUUUGGCUAUAGCGGCGUUUUAUCUUUUUUUCUGGUUUGUUGAGAUGUGGAUAAAUUCUUCCAUCUCUCCUAUUUCAGCAUCUCUCCUUUGGUAUUUUUUAGAUUCUGAGCAAACCCGAAAAUUCAUUUUAUAGACAACAAUGUUGGCCAACAUUAUUCAUGUUAUUCAUCUAUGAUAGUCUAUUGCAUCCUUUAAACCUGAUCAUGACUCAUCUACUCUUAUCAUUCGUCAUCACAAUUUAUUGAGAAAAAAUUCAAAUAAUUGAUCAUCCGAAAAUCCUCAGUGGAUCCGCCCAUACACACGGUUGUCUAAAACGCAAAGAAUCCGACCUUCCAUCUAACAUCGGAUUCUCAUAUUAAAAUUCUCCAACUUUUUAUUUAUCAAAAUAAUAAUCACAUCAUCAUCAUGUUUCAAUCGUUGGGUCGUUUGUUCGUAUUCUGUUUCAAAUAUGUUUCCAGUUGUUUUCAAUUGUUCGCCACAUUUGGAUGUUCGGCACAUCACCAUCAAGAUUAUCAACAACAUAACAACCAUAACCAGAUCAGUCGAUCUCUGGCUGCAACCAAUAGUCAACAACAGCAUCCAAAUACUGUGACCAACCAUAGUCUGGGCACAAAUGGAAGUUUAGUCAUCAGCAACGGAAAAGGGAUCCAUCGAAAUCGAAGUGGUCAUCUAAUAAAUGGAUCAUUGACCAAUGGAUAUCCUUCGUCAGUUAACAAAAGAUCAAAGUCUUUCCAAAAUGCAAACACUGCCAUCAUUAGCAACAACAAUAAUAAUUAUCAUCAUCAUAAAUCGGUUGUUCGACCCAUAAGCCAGCAGCAAUUCAACGAACCAAUCCGUCCGAUCAUACCAUUCCAUAUGCUCGUCUCGAAUUACAUUUGUCAUGGUACAUUAAUGUUGUUCGGUUAUAUGAACGAUUUUCUUCGUAAAAUUGGCUGGAUCGAAUCAUUUGAACGUGUGGAAAAAAAUCGUGAAGGCUAUACCCAAUUAUACAACACGUUUGCUCCAUUCUACAUCCGAAAUAUUAUUCAACGUUUAAUUAAUAUGUGGUCGCAUCCUAUUUGUUCAGCACCCGGUGGCUAUACAGAAAUUUUGGAACGUGAAUUUGGACCAUAUAAUGCAACUUGGAAAUACACUGGACGUAAGAUACGAGCCAUCAAUAUGGGAUCAUAUGAUUAUCUGGGACAUUCAGAGAAUAAAGGACCACGAAUAGAUUCUGUCAUUGAAACCAUAAAUAACGUUGGUAUCAGCAUUUCUUCAACACCGAACGAAUUCGGUACGACACAAAUUUAUCGUGAACUAGAGACAAAGGUGGCCAAAUAUCUGGGUGUGGAAGAUAGUGUUGUGAUUGGCAUGGGUUUCGCUACUAAUUCAUUGUCGUUACCGUGUUUAUUCGGUCCUGGAUCGUUAGUGAUUAGUGAUGAAUGUAAUCAUGCUUCAUUGGCGCUUGGGUGUAAAAUUUCAGGAGCCAAAAUCCUCGUCUUCAAGCACAACAAUAUGAACCAUUUGGAAAAGAUAAUCACUGAAUCUUUGAUGAAAGGUCAAACUAAUGGCGAGCAAUGGCGUAAGAUUGUCAUCUUGGUUGAAGGUAUCUAUUCGAUGGAAGGUACAAUUGUCAAUCUACCAGAAUUAAUACGAAUAAAAAAGAAAUAUCGGGCCUAUGUAUAUAUGGAUGAAGCUCAUAGCAUUGGCGCGAUGGGAUCUCGUGGCAGAGGUAUCUGUGAUUAUUACGGUUGUGAUCCACGUGAUAUCGAUAUACUGAUGGGAACAUUUACCAAAAGUUUCGCCGCUGCCGGUGGCUAUAUUGCCGGUGAUAGACGAAUCAUUAAUUACAUACGCACCAAUUCGGCUUCUUUUUUCUACGGCACCACAAUGGCCGCCCCUGUUUGUCAACAAAUAUCAUCCAUUCUUGACGAUUUUCUUUCUAUAAAUAGCACUAGCAACAUCAAAUCACCAAUACAGUGCCGUAUACUGCAGUUGAGAAAAAAUGUCAUCCGUUUCAGGCAAAAACUAAAACAAUUAGGAUUUCACAUAGAUGGUAACAAUGAUUCUCCAGUCGUGCCAUUGAUGGUAUACACUCCUUCUCAUCUCAAAUGUUUAAUAUCCAAAUUGUUGGAAAAAGGCGUUGCCAGUACUGGAGCAGCAUUUCCAGUCACUAGUUUAACUGGUCCACGUGCCAGAUUUUGCCUUUCAGCUAGCCAUAGUGAUCAAAUGAUCGAUUAUGCAUUGAAAUGUUUGGAUGAGAUUGGCACUGAAAUCGGUAUUAAAUUUAAUGGAAGCAAAAAUUUGAAGACCUCAAAUUUUCAUAAAAGUUGUUUGACAAAAUGUCAACAUCAACAUGAAUACCAUGAUGGUGGUAGUAUUGUUGUUUCUUAAAGAAUUGAUACAUUGCCAUCUCAUUGAAUCGAGCCAUUUAAUGUUCUUUGAAGGAUAUCGCACAUCAUUGAAUUUGAUCGUUCCCGUUUUUGUCUUAUAUUUUUUUUCAUUUAUCGUUGGAGCACAUACACACACACACACACACACCUUUUAUAACUUAGAUACCUAUUAAUCAUUAUAAACAACUGCUUUAAACAAUCAUUAUUUUUUAUCAUUCAUACGAAUAUUAAAGUCUGUGUUUAUUAUCAA